UUGAGAUCUGGAAAAGUCUCCUGACAUCUCCUAAAGCGGUUGUAUCGUAAUCCUUGGAGUAUUUUCGACGUUUCCAGCACAGCUCGGUGUAUUCUUGGGCUCCUGUCUUUUUUUAGGAGCAUAAACAGUGGGCGGAGUCAGGCUCCGUAUUAGGAGUGGGGGCUGUGACGUCACGCAGGCCAGCGCCCCUGCGCAGCAGGUCUGAGCCUCUGAGCACGCGCCUCCUGAUCUUCUGGAGCUCCGUGUUUGGACGUAGAAGAUGGCGUUGGUCUCCACCGAGGCUCUCCCGUUUAUUUCUGGGUGAAACAGACGUCAGGGCCGCGGCGUUUCUGUCAGGAAGAGGACAGGGGAGGAUUCGGAGACUGUUUAGACUCGAUGCACCAUUUUUUUCCGCCCAAAAUUUUCGACGUGUUUCUUCUGCUUUCGGCUGCUUCAGGUGUCGAACGUUGAAAAGUUGACAGUUACUGUCCGGUUCACGUGCCCGGUUUGAGCGCUAAACGAGCCCGGUACGCUAACGCUGCAAGCUAGCCGCCGUCGCGGUUCGGGGGCUUUCCGCCGGUCGACCGGAGCAGCAUGAGUCCGUGAACUGUUGCAUCUCCUCCCCGCUCCUUCAGAACGGUCAGCGUGACCUCGCGAUACUCCUGAAACGGUGCCUUUUUUAUUUAUUUAUUUCUGUGAAAACAAACAAAGAUGUCGGAUAACCAGAGCUGGAACUCCUCCGGGUCUGAGGAGGACCUGGAGCCCAAGGAGGAGUGCGGACACGCGGCUGGUGUCGCCGAGUUCAGCGGAGUCCUGAGCAAAUGGACGAACUACAUCCACGGCUGGCAGGACCGGUGGGUCGUGCUGAAAAACAACACUCUGAGCUACUACAAGUCCCAGGAUGAGACGGAGUACGGCUGCCGGGGUUCCCUCUGUCUGAGCAAAGCUGUCAUCACUCCUCACGAGUUUGACGAGUGCCGGCUGGACAUCAGCGUGAACGACAGCGUGUGGUACCUGAGAGCCCAGGACCCGUACCACCGGAACCAGUGGAUCGACUCCAUCGAGCUGCAUAGAAGCAUCAGGGCGGGGAGGACAGAGAGGGGAGGAGUCCAGGGCUCGAGCCUCGCCCCUUCAGCUCCGGUGGAUUCUGGGUAUGGCUCCGAGUCCAGCCUGCGCAGACACGGCUCCAUGCUGUCGCUCACCUCGGCCACCAGCGGAUACUCGGCCACCUCCACGUCCUCCUUUAAGGGUCACAGCCUGCGGGAGAAGCUGGCGGAGAUGGAGACGUUCAGGGACAUCCUGUGCAGACAGGUGGACACGCUGCAGAAGUACUUCGACAGCUGUGCCAACGCCGAGUCCAGAGACGAGCUCCAGAGAGACAAGAUCGUGGAGGACGAUGAAGACGACUUCCCCAGCACUCGCACAGACGGAGAGUUUCUGCACAACAACAACGGCAGCCGAGAGAAACUGUUCCAGUCUCUCAGUCUGAAGGGAAUCAACGGCAUCGACUUCAAAGGCGAGGCCAUCACCUUCAAGGCCACCACGGCCGGGAUCCUCGCCACGCUGUCGCACUGCAUCGACCUGAUGGUGAAGAGGGAGGACAGCUGGCAGAAGAGGCUGGAGAAGGAGAUGGAGAAGAGGAGGAGAAUCGAGGAGAGCUACAAGUCGGCUCUGAUUGAGCUGAAGAAGAAGUCUCACUUUGGAGGUCCAGAUUACGAGGAAGGUCCCAACAGCCUCAUCAACGAGGACGAGUUCUUCGACGCCGUGGAGGCGGCUCUGGACCGCCAGGACAAGAUGGAGGAGCAGAGUCAGACGGAGAAGACCCGGAUCCAGAGGUCCAGCCCCGUCCCCCCCGGAGACGUCUACUCCAGCUCAGGCUCCCACCGCUUCUCAGACAAGCCUCAGGCUGUCAUAGUCAGAGCUGUUCCUCAUGAGGUCCACAGAUUCAGCUCAGAGGUGGAGGAGAUGGUGCAGAACCACAUGACCUACUCGCUGCAGGACGUGGGGGGAGACGCUAACUGGCAGCUGGUGGUGGAGGAGGGGGAGAUGAAGGUGUACAGGAGAGAGGUGGAGGAGAACGGGAUCGUGCUGGACCCGCUGAAGGCCACGCACUCGGUGAAGGGCGUGACGGGUCACGAGGUGUGCCACUUCUUCUGGGACACGGCGUACCGCAACGACUGGGAGACGACCAUCGAGAACUUCAACGUGGUGGAGACGCUGUCCGACAACGCCAUGAUCGUCUACCAGACGCACAAGAGGGUGUGGCCCGCCUCUCAGAGGGACGUCCUUUACCUGUCCGCCAUGAGGAAGAUAGUGACCAACAACGAGAACGACCCCGACACCUGGCUGGUCUGCAACUUCUCUGUUGAUCACGACGACGCUCAGGUGAGCAGUCGAUGCGUCCGCGCCAAAAUCAACAUCGCCAUGAUCUGUCAGACCCUGGUCAGUCCACCAGAGGGCAACAGAGAGAUCAGCAGGGACAACAUCCUGUGUAAAAUCACCUACGUCGCCAACGUGAACCCUGGUGGCUGGGCGCCCGCCUCCGUGCUCAGAGCUGUGGCCAAAAGGGAGUACCCCAAAUUCCUCAAACGCUUCACCUCCUACGUGCAGGAAAAGACCGCCGGCAAACCCAUCUUAUUCUGAGGCGCCGCGCUCAUCGGAGGUGACACGGGUCAGGACCAACCUGAAGCGUUUGAAGCUGCUGCGCUAUUUAAGAAGACCGUUUGGGAAAGAGAAGCGACUUUAGACUCAAACAUUUUGCUACUUUUGCUGCUUUUCUUUACAGCCGAGUCAUCAGAACCCAUCGGACCGUCUCUCUGAUGAAACCGCCAGCGCUGAAGGAGAGACGGUGCCGGCGCUUCUGUUUGAUAGGCUGUUUGUAAAUAGUUUAACGGACUCGAACGCCUGUGGAGGGGGCGGGGUCAGUGAAGUGCCUCGGGGCGGCUGAUCCGGGUUUUGAUGCUUCCCAGUAUUUUUUACCGUCCUGCUGCUCUUUUUGAGGGAAACUUGAACAUGAGCAGCGGUGAGGGGGCGGGGCUUGAUUGUACAUGUGUUCAGCUUCUGAUUUGAGAAUAAAGGUUUGUCUCCAUCA